UUCUCAAUCCGGACGGCUGACUUCAUCAACCACCAUGUCCGCCCGUACGGAUUUCCUUCAGAACCCCCCAGCCUUCCCAAUUCUUGGCAACCUCCGGGACCCAUUCGCCUUCCAGCAACUGCUGGAUCGCUGCAUCGGAUUCAUCCACUGGGAUACAAAAUCUGCCUUCACCCGGGCAAAACUUCUCCUGUUGGCUUUCACCGGAGCGUAUUACACCUUGUCGUGCCUGUGCCUGGCCCGGAUCAAUCCGACCGAAGUACCGCUGGACCAUUUCUUCGGCAUGUGGUUCCUGGUUGGUGGCGGAUGUUCUUGUUUCUCGCAGUGGUACGUCUUGGCCAUUGAACGGCGCCAUCUGGCGAAGGUUAUCGAAUUCCUGAUGGAUCUGCAGCGAAGGGGGGUUGAUCAUCCGACUAGAGUUCGCUAUCGGCCGAGGAUUGUGCUGUACUCUAUCAUUCACUGGACCACGAAUGUGAGUCAAACUGUGGUCUGGUCCGCGACGUUGAUUUUUACCAGUUCCAUCGCUUACGCUGCUAGUAGCUGGUUCGUGAAGGUUUUGGCCUACGUAUUCUUCCCGGUGGAGAUCGUGUUGAUUGGGUUGACGGCGAACGUAUCGCAGAUCAACACCUUCACUACGCUGUUGGUGUUUGCGGUGGAGUUCGAGAUUCUUGGAGAGGAUUUUCGGCGGGCGUUCGACGAGUGGAAGCUGGACGACCUGAAGAGUUGCGUUCGACGGCAUCAGCGGUUACUGGAAAUGGUGAUGCUCUUUCGGGAUAAGUUGAAGAUGUACCUGCUGCUGUCGCUUCAGAUCUACUUCUUCUCGAUCACGUUCUGCUGUGUGAUGUUGGUUAUCCAGCUGAAGACCGGAGACAAUCAGAUGGUCUACACGAUGACCAACCUGACGACGGCCUUGUUCUGUCUACUGCUAUUUGGGCUGUUCUGUGACUUUUUGGAACUCAAGGUGACAGAGAUUAGCGAUCAAGUAUUCAGCUCGGGAUGGUCUAAAAGCAUCUGUCUGGACCGAUCAAUGAAGAAAAACUUGCUGAUGAUUCUGAUGCGGUCGCAGAAGAGAAUAAAGUUUACUUGUGGAGACAUCUACGCCAUGUCGAUCGUUACCUGCAUGAACGUGAUCAACAUGUGCUACUCGGCGUUCACGCUCUUGAUGAACAUGGUUCAGGACUAGUUGGAUUGAUGGAGAGCCCACUAUUGCACGCUGACGUUUCGAUCAAA